AUGCCUAUUGCUUAUCAAAGGAACAUCAACACGAAGCGCACCAUCGCGAUGGCCGCUCCUAGACGCACAGCCCACACAUGGCUCCCACCCGCUGCGGAGCUGAUCAAAACCUGUGACGGCGCCGGUGUCCCGGUCGGACCUCCGGGAAGGGCCGGAGUCGUCGGCCAGUACCCCGUCGCCGGCGUCGUCAACGGCACGGCGGCGAUCUGCAACGGCACCGUCAGCGUGACCUGGCUCGUGCCGUUCGCGCCGCACGCGUUGCACGAGGCCAGCGUCGUCGUCAGCGGCACGCAGACCGCCGCCGGGGCCCUGUCGCCGCAGUACUUGUUACACUCGGGCACCAGGAUCGUCGUCUGGUAUUCCACGGGGAUCAGGGACGCGAGACCGGUUGCGUCGACGGUGGUGUACGUGAUGGUCGUCACGAGCGUCGACGUCGAGGGCGGGUGCGGCUCGGGGUCUCCCAGCGGCGGCGGCGGCGGCGACACGUCGUCGGAUGUGCGGCCGUAG